AAGUUUUGGUCAAAAUCCAACUCAACACACUAAUAUUUAUGGCAAGAAACCCUUGAAAACCCCUUUAUUUCCACUCUAGGUGCUUUAACACAGCCCCGCAAAAAUGAACAUGCCAAGCCACGAAGAGGAGGAGCAGGGCGAGGUGUUUGUCGAAGAAUCUGAUAUAAUCAACGAAGUUGAUGUCGACGAAGAAGAUCUUCCAGAUGCUGAGGAUGAAGAUGAUACUGAAGAUAUGGAGGAUCAAGAUGACUCUAUUCAUAUUUUCACUGGCCAUACCGGUGAACUUUAUGCAGUUGCUUGUAGCCCAACAGAUCCUGUUUUAGUGGCAACUGGGGGUGGAGAUGAUAAGGGGUUCCUUUGGAAGAUAGGUCAUGCUGAUUGGGCAGCUGAGCUACAAGGCCAUACUGAUUCAGUCUCUAGUUUAGCCUUUAGCCAUGAUGGACAAUUACUUGUAACUGGCAGUUUUGACGGACUUGUUAAAGUUUGGGAUACCUCAGGGAAUCUCAAAAACACUUUAGAGGGUCCUGGAGCUGGCAUUGAGUGGGUUAAGUGGCACCCAAAAGGACAUCUGAUCUUAGUAGGAUUUGAGGAUUGUACUGUUUGGAUGUGGAAUGCUGAUAGUGGGAACUUUCUUAGUGUAUUCUCAGGCCAUGGUGCCAGUGUGACUUGUGGUGAUUUUACCCCUGAUGGCAAAACAAUAUGUACUGGUUCUGAAGAUGCUACCUUGAGGAUCUGGAAUCCAAGAAGUGGUGAAACCAUUCAUGUUGUACGAGGUCAUCCGUAUCAUACUGAAGGACUGACAUGCUUGUCUAUAAGUUCCGAUUCAACUUUGGCUAUUACUGGUUCAAGGGAUGGCUCUGUUCACAUAGUGAAUAUCACAACUGGGAAGGUUGUUAGUUCUUGGGGUUCUCAGACAAGUCCAAUUGAAGGCAAUGCAGAGUCAAUUGAAUGCGUUUCAUUUGCACCAAACUUCCCUUGGGCUGUUUCUGGUGGCAUGGAUCGAAAGCUUACAAUUUGGGAUCUACAAAGCUCAUCACCACGUUUCAUAUGUGACCAUGAGGAAGGAGUGACAUGCUUAGCUUGGCUUGGAGCAUCUAAGUUCUUGGCAACAGGGUGUGUUGAUGGGAGAAUAUGCAUUUGGAAUUGUCUUUCCGGGGAAUGCGUCGAAACCUUCAAAGGACAUGAACAUGCUAUCCAGUCUCUCGCCGUAUCUUCCAAUCUGGAGUUUCUUGUGUCUGUUUCCAUGGACGGCGCUGCUCGUGUAUUCGAAAUCAGGAAUUUCCAUUGAUUAAAAGUAAGCCUGUUGUCUUGACUAGUUACUGUAGUUUACUUUCAUUUUUACAGUGUGGAAUUGCUUAGAACUGUGUAUACUUAAAAUACUGUAAUUUUUUAUAAUUUUAAGUCUGAUUAAGUUGUGGGCAACAGUAAACAUUAACAAAGAAUAUUUCCUAAUUGUAAGCUUCUAAGAGCG